UCAUCUCACUCAAAAUCUUAAUAAGCAAAAUAAUCUGUUCGACCGCAGCACGAGUCAAAUUGAGCCUGUGAACGUGUACAUAAAAAUGGUAAGAGAAAAGGUUUCAACACAUGAAUUUAAAAAAAAAUUCACAGACAAUUGUAGCAGUCUUACGCUGCAGCUUGGGGCCGCUGCAAUUCGCCAUUAGAGGAAGAAGAGGAAUAAAGACGAAGAGGAACUGCAAAGGGGGUAAAGCCACUGGCAGAUCACGUCGACGGAUAAAGUCAGCCGCAGUCAGACCAAGACCAUCUCUAACCUACCUCUUACCACACAAUCAAUGAACAAGCCAACGACUCCAUCAGAUGCCAAGACAUUGUUCAGCAGGUGGCUGCAAAUCCCGGGACAACCCUGAAACUCGUAAUGCUGGGAUCACCUUUCACAGCGCAGCCUCUGGAGGAUUCAGAUGAGGGGUGAUGGAGCAUGCAGUUGCAGGUCAUUACCAAAAGGUGCCACUCGGAGGAACCUCUGGAUCACCAACUCCCACCGUGCAGGCUCCUGGGAUCCUCAGACUGACUUUUUCUACUUCUGUUCCAAACACUUCAGCCCAGAGAGCUUUGAGCUGACCGGAUGCAGUGGAGUCCGAAGACUAAAAGAAGAUGCGCUUCCUACAGUUUUUGAUUCCUCUUCAAAAACAAAAUGCAACAAGGCAGGAGCAGUGCAGAAACAAGAAGACAUCCUUGUCAGGCAGAGUCCCUGCUCAAGUAACUAUGAGGUCACUCCGCACGACACAGAUCAGUAUCCUUCUUCAGAAAAAGUCACAGUCCAGAGGUCAGCAGAAGCAUGUGAUGAGACUAAUGAAAAGAACCCCGCAUAUUUCCAAGAGCCAUCAGGGUUGGAGGAGCUCUCACAGCAAGAACAUGCUUUUUCACCACUACCAGAGUCACGUUCCAUCUCCCCAUCACGUUACAUGAGGCGCCUGCCCCCUCCUCCAGGCUUUUACUUGGCAAAAGAGCACAGCUAUGCUCAGCACUGCCCCCUGCUGUGGAGGAGACGGUAUGAUCAGGCUGUUGACUACCUAGAGAAGGCAUUGCGACUGCUGCAUGCAGCCAGGCGCAGGGAGAACCGUUUGCGGAGCACUGUGCUGAGGCUCCGGGAUAGACGGUUGAAGAACACAACUCUGGUUUCACAAGAUGGUAGUAAACAGAAAGGGACACUAGGGGGAAAGAAGAGACGAGAGAAAGAAUGUUGUAACCAAGGUGAGAGUGAGACUGAUGCUAAAUCAGAGGAGACAGAGUUGUUUGAGGACAAAUGUGUUGAUCCCAUGGAGUGUGCCAGUCCUUUUCUUCCAGACACUAACAGCUGGUCUGAGGAGGAGAAGGGAUACUGUUUUUACUGUGGGAGAGGGCAGGUUCAGGUUGGUGGUCAGGUAGCAUUCACACUUUCAAAGACUGAGAAAGAUGUCGAGUCCACAGUGCAUGAAGACUCAGAGAGGAUUCAAAGAAGUGUUAAAACCAGUAGAUGUGGCAGAGCCAAAAAUGCCAAAGGUAUACAGAAAUUAAGGCUGGAAAGACAGCUUGAAAAAACGGUAGAAACUAAUGAUCCAGGUAUUGCACAUUCCCAAGUCCUGGUCCAAACUCCAUGCCUUCAACAUGUAAUCCCUGCUUGUGUGUCUGUGCCUGCUACUCACCAUCAGAGUUCACAGUUUCUACACUCUCAGCAGAAGCUGUUCAUGUCUGAUGUAUAUGAAGGGAAUUCCGAAGCUAUGGACCUGCAGCACCAGCUGUUUUGGAUUCCGGACAGUACUGAGGGCCAGGUCAUUGUGGUCCCUGCUCCUGCUAAAGAGAGAUUACAAAGCUUUCUCACGACAGAAGGGGUCGCUGAGGAAGCAAAGACUAUAUUCGUGUCAGAAGUGGAUCUUAAAAGAUACUUAGGAUACACGACAAGGAACAGUGGUGGUGUGGGAAGAGUUGAAACAGCCUGUGACUAUGAACACAGUGACCAGCAUUCUGUUAUCAACAGUGCAAUGUUAGAAAGGAGAGAAGAUGUGAGGGAGAAACUUAAAGAACACCUGGAGGGAUUUCAUCUUCAGCUGAGCAGCGAGUUUAUAAAUUGACAGCAUGUUCUGAAUGAAAAAAAAAAAUUGUAAUUACAGAGUAAAUAAUAAAAGGACCUGUGCUUGUCUUUUCUGCUA